AUGGCCUUUUCCAAGUAUUGUUUCCCUCUUUCUAUGUUCAUAGCAUUAAUGUUACUCUCAAGCACGGAUAUGAGUCUAGCAGCUCGUCACCUCUUGGACACACCAGCUGCUCCACCUCCAGCUCUGACACUGCCUACAAUCCCAUCUCUGCCCAAGCCCACCUUGCCUCCCCUGCCCUCUUUCCCAACACUGCCUACAGCCACGUUGCCACCCUUGCCAAGCAUGCCGUUGCCAACAUUGCCCACUCAGCCAUCUCUGCCAAAGCCCACCUUGCCACCAUUGCCUGCCAACCCAUUGCCUACACUGCCAACCCAACCAACUCUUCCAUCCACAUUGCCACCGUUGCCCACCAUCCCAACCACAAUCCCUUCAAUCCCCACCAUUCCAGCGACAAUCCCAACCAUUCCUUUCCUCUCCCCACCCCCAUCAAACUGA